AUAAUUCAUAAAUUAUACAGUGACCUGUCAGUGUUCUCACCGCUUCCCAUUUCCAUGGAAAGGGCAAUCGGUGAGAAACCUUAAUCCCUCCCGACCAUGGGCUUCAGGUUUUGCAACCUCGGCUCCAUCUACAGAGCCUCCAUCUCAAGAGCGUCCCCGGACGCAGCCGACAAGAUUCUCCGUCACGGUCGCGUGAUCCAACAGCACUUUCGUUCCCGCAUUCAAGACCCAUCUUUUAGCAGCUACUACUAUGUUCCCAGAAGGUGGCACUUGGGCCAUUCUCACCACGAUCACGAUCACCGCCAGUUCUCCGCCGGUGAGGAGGGCGAGCGUAUUUUCCGGCUGGGUCUCGCCGCCGACGUCUGCUUGGCCACCGGAAAGGCCGUGACGGGCUAUUUGUCGGGAAGCACUGCUAUUAUUGCCGAUGCUGCGCAUUCCGUCUCUGAUGUGGUACUCAGUGGCGUCGCAUUAUGGUCAUAUAAAGCUGCAAUUGUUCCUAAAGACAAAGAUCACCCCUAUGGACAUGGUAAAUUUGAGACUUUAGGAGCACUUGGAAUCUCUUGUAUGCUUUUGGCUACAGCUGGUGGUAUUGCCUGGCAUGCUCUAGAUCUUUUACUUGGUUUGUUGUCUGCCACACCUGAAAUAGUCAACCAUUCUGUCCUAAAUGAACAUGUUAAUAGUCAUCAUCACGGUGGUCAUCACCAUGGAAUUGACAUGGAGCACCCCAUCCUUGCUCUCAGUGUGACAGUCAUAUCAAUAUCUACUAAAGAAGGUCUUUACUGGAUAACAAAACGAGCUGGUGAAAGGCAAGGCAGUGGACUAAUGAAAGCAAAUGCAUGGCAUCAUCGUGCAGAUGCAAUUUCAUCAGUGGUUGCUCUUAUUGGUGUAGGAGGCUCCAUCCUGGGAAUAAAGUUUCUGGAUCCCCUAGCAGGACUUGUUGUCUCCGGCAUGAUCUUUAAGGCUGGACUUGAAACUGGUUACCAAAGCAUCUUGGAACUGGUGGAUGCUGCAAUUCCAGCUGAAGAAUUAGAUCCAAUAAAAGAAACAAUACUUAAUGUUGAAGGAGUUAAGGGGUGUCAUCAAUUACGGGGAAGGAGAGCUGGUUCAUCUCUUUAUCUUGAUGUGCAUAUUGAGGUUGAUCCUUUUGUUAGUGUUAGUGCAGCACACGGAGUUGGUGAAACUGUUCGUCAUCGAAUUUAUGAGUCCCACCCUGAAGUUACGGAGGUUUUCAUACACAUAGACCCUUCGACUUCUCAGUUUUCUCCGACGAAAGUGGAUGAACAAGAACUUUCAGACGGAUUGGCUGUUCCGAACAGAAACAAUCGUGUGGAUGACAAGGCAAUUGAAACAGUUGUUCAAAAUGCUGUCUCAUCGAAGCUUUCGAAGCGAAUGGUUGUCGAGCGCAUAACGCACCACGUGUUGCAAGGGAAAGUCCUACUCGAGGUUGAGGUCUCCAUGCCUCCAGAGAUGUUAAUAAGAGAUGCAAUGGAGGUAGCAAAAGAAGCCGAAGAGGAGGUUCUGAAGACCGACCCCAACAUAGUUCACGUCAGCUUUCAACUGAGGUUAGGGCGUCGUAUACCCCGUUCUGAUGAUGAUUUUGAAGAAAGGAAUCAGGAAGCCAAGUAGUAAUCAAGCCGUGGGGACUUGUAAUGUCAUUGGAGAUCUCUUCCGUGAAGCAAAAGCACAUACCGCUUAGGUUUAGAGAGUAUACUGCAGAAUAACAAUCCGUUCCACCCCUUUUAAUAUGUGGGAUGGAGCCGGACCUCUCUAAUGAUUAGGUCUAUAGAAAGGCUUGGUUCAACCCUUGGAGGCUAAAGUUGUAACAAAUGU